AUGUCUUCACCACUGCGCUUAUCUCUACCCGCACACACUACAUCACGUUACCGCAUACUUACAGCUAACGUUUACGUCUCUACCUUUCAAUUCAUCGCCGCGCUCCUGCUUCUGCUCAUGCUCCUGUGGCACAUCAGCACCAUCACGAUAAUCAAGAACUAUGAAAUGCCAUACUGGUGGGUUAAGAGCUUCCUAGUACUACAUGAAUGUGAAAGAACAGACCAAGUCAUGGGGACAGAGGAAAAGGACAGCCUCAUGGGUAGCAACGAUGACAUGCCCGAAUCAGUAGACAGCCAACAUCGAGAUCACGAAUCCUGCCACACGCAGUUGUCUUCGGCAGUCCAGGCUACAUUUUACAAAGCCAACGCAGAAGCAGUGUCAGUGCCAUGCGCUCUGCCAUACACGUAUCAUCCCUUUCUGCGCCCGCGUUUCUUGCCCUCGACUCAAAAUGUGCUACUCAGCAUCUUCGACUUCCUUAUGGUCGUUGUACUUGCCAGCCACACUGUGACCUACUUCGUCGGUCUGCCGACCGCGAUCGCUCUCUGCGACCCAUCGGAAAUUCGGGAUCUCGCUGAACAGAAGCUUGGUGAGGACCAAAUACCGUCCAUGGAGGACCGAAUACUGCUUGGUGAGCGGUGUGUUGGCUUGAACGUAGACAUUCACGUUGCUGGAGGUUUUGCAGUAUUCAUGGCAUUGGUGCUAGGACUAUUGCAUCUUGCUGCACUCGCGGUGCGACUGUGGGAGUGGAUCCAACUGGGUCGUCAAGAUGUCGUCAAGACGACAGAUAUGGGAGAGGGUCAGAAGACCGGAGGGUCAGAUCAGGACGAACGGAGAAAUGCCUUGUCCCUGAAAACUAGCACAUCUCAUCAAGCCAGUUCAACGGGAUACAGAGAGUCCACGUUGCAUACCGGCACAACCUCUCCAGCUGGUACGCACCGCAACGAUAUCUCAAUUGGCCCGGAGGAACGCAGCAUAGGCGUCGUAUCGGUGAAUUGGGGCGUUGACGGUACGGAAGAAAUGGUGAGGAGGCGCACAGCUCGAACAGAGAGGAGCGAAGAUUCCACAGUCGGCUCAAGAUGGGACGAGGUGUUUUUGGAGUGCCUGGUCGAUGCUUGA